UAGUCGAUAAAUACACCCAUCCCUUAAAUAGGCUCCUGUACACUCGUCUCGGAAAGUGUGCCAAACAGCGACGACUGUAUAACUGCUCCAGGAAUUUGUGCCGCUGAAGUGUGAUACCCGUCUCUCGACCUGUCGGGGCGAGUGCUUUCUGUGUCCCACAAUGUAUUCCGGCUUUGGAUGGAAUAUGGCUAAACCCCCAGGCUGCGUGGUGCUCACAAUGAUUUGUUUAUUCGGUGGAGUGCAUGCAGCAGGGGCAGAAUUCUAUUAUAACCUGAAAGCAACGGACACACCCCAGAUCAUCACCUCGCCAGGAUACCCCUUGAAAUAUGCGCCCAAUGUUUCCUACACGCGGCAUAUUCGUGCAGCUGACCCAAGCCAGGUGGUUGUUCUAGAGACGUUGGACUCUAUGGUUCAUAUUUCUUACGAUUGCAGAGCAGAUACAGUUGCCGUAUUUAAAGGAGCAAGUUCUCAAACCGCCAGGCGUGUACGCAAAUGGUGUGGGAACCUGCGAUACUACUUUGAUGCCUCCAGUAGCUACUUCCUUUACUUCCGCACUGAUUCUAAGUUCGAGAACAGAGGGUUUCAAGUCAGGUAUUACCAAGGGCCUAUGACAUGUCCUGCAUCUAUAGCAUUCAGGCACAACAGUCGACUGACCGGAUACAGAUAGACGUGUUGGACAUGCAUAUUGAGAACUCUGUCCGUUGUCAAAACGACAACAUUACUAUCGUAGAUCCAA